AUGGCGAUGCAGCAGGGCGGCGGCGAGGGGGAGACGCUGAUGCAGCGGUGCAAGCCGUACGUGGCGAUGAUCUCGCUGCAGUUCGGGUACGCCGGGAUGAACGUGAUCACCAAGGUGUCGCUGAACCACGGCAUGAGCCACUACGUGCUGGUGGUGUACCGCCACGCCUUCGCCACCCUCUCCAUCGCGCCCUUCGCGCUCUUCCUGGAGCGCGGCAAGGCCCGCCCGCGGAUGACCCCCCUCGUCCUCCUCAACAUCUUCCUCCUCGCCCUCAUGGGCCCCGUCAUCGACCAGAACUUCUACUACGCCGGCCUCAAGUGCAUGGCCAAGGUGGCCGGCACGCUCGUCACCGUGGCCGGCGCCAUGCUCAUGACGCUCUACAAGGGCCGCGCCGUGGAGAUGAUCUGGUCCAGGCACGCCCACCUCCCCGGCCCGCACCAGGACGCCGCCGCCGCCGCCAAGGACUGGUUCAAGGGCUCCAUAUUCCUCAUCAUCGCCACCCUCGCAUGGGCCUCCCUCUUCAUCCUCCAGGGCCCGACGCUGACGAGGUACAACGCGCCGCUGACCCUGACGACGCUCAUCUGCUUCGUGGGCACCCUGCAGGCCAUCGUGGUCACCUUGGCCAUGGAGCACACCACCGACGUCUGGAAGAUCGGCUUUGACAUGAACCUCCUCGCCGCAGCAUACGCCGGUAUCGUGACGUCGAGCAUUGCCUACUACGUGCAAGGGCUGGUGAUCCAGAGCAGGGGCCCCGUCUUCGCCUCGGCCUUCAGCCCGCUCAUGAUGAUCGUGGUGGCCAUCAUGGGCUCCUUCAUCCUCGCCGAGAACAUCUACCUCGGAGGGAUCAUCGGGUCCGUGCUGAUCGUGGCCGGGCUCUACUCGGUGCUCUGGGGGAAGCACAAGGAGGACGUGGAGAAGAAGGAGAUCGAGGCGACGGAGAUCCCCGUGGCGAUCAAGGGCGUGGAGGGCAACGGCAGGAUCAUGGACAUGGUGGAGCUGGACGAGGUGGAGCUGGAGAAGGCCCAGGCCAACGGCAAGGCGGUCACCAUCUCGGUGCCGGCCGCCGCCGGGGAAGCCGGCAUGCAGCGCGACGACGAGAACUGA